AUGCAGUCAUUCCUUACUCUUGCAAUGCUCUUUGGUAGCACAUUGGCAGCUCCUCUGAAUGCCAACCAGAACGAACUCCUUAGCCCCGAGAAACGUGAAGCGCUUCCCCCAUCCGUCGUGCAAAUCAUUGACUUCGGCAACGGUGAAGACUCUGAGCCUUCUACCACCGAUCCUUAUGUCAUCGAAACCGCUACCAGCACUACCGUUUCUGUCACUCCCACUGACUACCCGUUCGAUGAUCCCCUUGGAUCCCCAGACCCUAACGGCCCGAUUGGAGGGCUGGACAAGCGACAGCUUCAAACCCUCACAGGCCUUCUGGGACUGAAGACUGCAGACAAGAACAAGAGGCAGCUUGACGCUUUGACUGGCCUUCUUGGAGGGCUCAAGCCCGAAGACCUUAACAAGCGGCAGCUUGACGCUUUGACUGGCCUUCUUGGAGGACUCAAGUCCGAAGGCCUUAACAAGCGACAGCUUGAAGCCGUCACCGGUCUUCUUGGCCCACUCCUUGGUGGUCUAGGUGGUGCACCACCUGCAGUGCCUCCUCCCGCCCCCAUUCCGGGAGCCACCACGACCGCUGAUGCUACUACCACCGCCACUAGUGCCGUUCCCACGUUUGGUCCUGCAUAA